AUGCCGACGAAUAGUCCAAGUACGAGUGAAGUGAUUCCUGGAGCAUUCAAAAUCGAAUUCUACGAUCCAACCAGAUAUAAAUGGUCCACGUGGCUCCAAAGAUUAGAAGGAGCCUUUACGGUUUUUCAAAUACAAGACGACCAAAGGAAGCUAACGUACCUACUACAAUACAUUGGGAUGGAAAGUUACGCAAAAUUGGUGUGUUUGAUGAACAACACCAACCCUUACGAAUCUACGUACCCACAGGUAUGCAUUAAACUGAAAGCUUUUUUCGAUCCAGAGCCGUUAGAGACGGCUGAGGCUUUCACCUUCCAAAGUUACAAACAAAAGGAAGAGGAAUCUAUUGCGGAUUACGCCGCACAAUUGCAAAAAUUAAGCGUAAAUUGCGGGUUUGGGAAUUUCUUACAAAAUGCAUUACGUAAUCAGUUCGUUUUCGGCUUACGCGAUUCGAAUGUUCAAAUGAGGUUGCUAGAAACACAACGGUUGACCUUCGAGAAAGCAGUAAACAUAGCGCAAACAAUGGAGUUAGCUGGGCUCAGCACCACCCGAAUUCGCGAUUUACCAACAGCCCAAAUUGAACAUAUACGUACGUCAACAAACCGAACGAAACAUGCUAACGAUACAAAUACUCAAAGGUCGAAUCGACCUAACGCACCACGCAGGAGCGUACAACGAAAAGGGAAGGGCCCACCGCAGGAAAACACACGGAACUUACCUGUCAAAUGUUUUCGCUGCGGAAGGGAACACCUCGUUACAGCAUGUACAUUGGAUCGCAAUAUCACAUGCAACGGUUGCGGCAAGCGAGGACACCUACAGAAAGUCUGCUUUGGCGCUCCAAAACAGACGAAUACAGUAGAGACAAUAUUGAUCCUGCACAACGUUCAUACAGUCUUGGGACGAGAGAAAUUGACAGCCGAAUUACAAGUGGACGGAAGAAGAAUCACAUUCGAGGUGGACAGCGGCGCUGCGGUCUCCUUGAUAAGUGCGAGCCAAGCGAAAAGACUUUUCCCUAAGUAUAGGUUGUACAAUACAGAUCUAAAAUUGAGGUCGUUUUGCAAAAACGAUAUUAAGGUAAAAGGGUUCAUUAAGGUAAAUGUCAGUUAUAAUAAUAUCUCAGGUAAAUUAAACUUGUAUAUUGUCGAUACGGAAUGCACUCCGCUAUUACGUCGCGAGUGGAUGCACAAAUUAUUAGAUACUAAUACAUUGCAAUCGCUUACGUUCAAGGGCCCAGAAGAACACCAAAUACAUACGAUUGUUCCAAACGAACAAUCGGUCUCGGCGUUGCUAGACAAAUACGAGUCAAUUACAAAACAGGUCGAAGAACCUAUUAAGGGGUUCUACGCAAAACUCAAUUUGAGAACCGAUGCCAAACCGGUCUUUCUAAAACAUCGCAAAUUACCUUUUAAAUUACAGGAGGCUGUGGAAAACGAAAUUGGAAAAUUAGUUAAAAGAGAAGUUCUAAUUCCAGUCCCUUCUUCGGAGUGGGCUACACCCAUUGUACCGGUUAUUAAAAAAAAUGGAGAAGUCCGUAUUUGCGGAGAUUACAGCGUCACACUAAAUAAAAAUAUUGUAAUAGAUCAGCGUCCACUCCCGACAUUCGAUGAGCUGGUGUCAAGUAUGUCAGGUAUGAAAUAUUUUUCAAAAAUCGACUUAAGGAAAGCAUAUUUGCAGCUACAAGUGGUGCCGGAGGACCAGCACUUACUUACGAUUUCGACUCAUUGCGGACUAUACAAAGUGACGCGCUUAAUGUACGGCAUUGCGUCUGCCCCAGCGAUUUGGCAACGUACGAUCGAGACUAUCUUGCAGGGAAUCGAGAAUCUGUCGGUAUUCUUGGAUGAUAUCAAAAUUGCAAGUAAGACUAAGGAAAAACACGUGAGUAAACUUGAGGAAGUUUUCAAAAGACUGCAUGAUGCAAACGUUAAAAUCAAUCUAGAAAAAUGCGAAUUUUUCAAAUCUCACAUACAGUACUGCGGUUACAUUAUUGAUGCGAACGGAAUACAUAAAGAUCCCGCCAAGAUAUACGCGAUCGCAAGAAUGCCGAAACCAAGAAACGUUUCAGAAGUACGGGCUUUCGUAGGUUUUGUUAAUUAUUACGGACGCUUCAUAAAAAACUUGAGUACGAUUCUGUAUCCGCUAAAUAACUUACUGAAGAAAACUGUACAAUUCCGUUGGACAAAGGACUGUGAUCAGGCGUUUACACGAGCAAUUCAAGAGUUUAGAGACAAUAAAAUCUUAGCGCACUACGAUUCAACAUUACCUCUCGUGCUGGCAACAGAUGCAAGCCAGUACGGGGUGGGAGCAGUAUUGUCACAUAAACUACCGGACGGCACAGAAAAAAUUAUUCAGUGUGCCUCGCAAACGUUUAGUGACACGCAGCGUAAAUAUGCCCAAAUAGAUAAGGAGGCAUACGCGAUAAUUUACGGAAUUAAAAAAUUUCACCAGUAUUUAUACGGCACGAAAUUCACCUUGGUGACUGAUCACCGUCCUUUGACUCAAAUCUUGGCACCCAGCAAAAGCUUACCGACGUUUACGACACUGCGUAUGCAGCACUACGCGCUGUUUUUAAGAGCUUAUAAUUACGAAAUACAGUACAGGAGAUCUGAAGAUCAUGCGAAUGCGGAUGGACUAUCCAGGUUGCCAUUAUAUGAAAAAUCCUGCGAAUACGACGUUAUAGAUAUGCUACACAUACAUACGGUACAUACAUUGCCAGUUACAACUAAAGAAAUUGCUGCAAGUACACAAAAAGAUGCUACUCUAUGCGAAUUACGAGACAUGGUUGAAUCAGGUACGUCGAAUAAGAAAUUCGAAAAUAUAAAUAUUCAAGAAUUUUCAAUACAUGAUAACAUUCUACUACGCAAUGAUAGAGUAGUUAUUCCUCAGCAACUACGAGCUAGAGUCUUAAAAGAAUUGCACUCCGGGCAUUUUGGCGCGGCUAAAAUGAAAAGUUUAGCAAGGAAAUUAAUGUGGUGGCAACAUAUGGAUAGGGAUAUCGAGGACUGUGCGAAAUCAUGUACAGUAUGCAGUAUGCAUAAGAACAACCCGCCAAAAAUCUCAACUCACAUUUGGGAAGAACCUGCGGAACCAUUCGAAAGGGUACAUGCGGAUUUCGCAGGUCCCUUCCUAGGGAAAAAUUUUCUAAUCCUAGUGGACGCAUUUUCGAAAUAUCCAAUUGUUAAGAUCAUAGAUAAUCUAACCACAUGCAGCACGAUUAAGACAACAGCAGAACUUUUAUUGCAAACGAAUUUGAACAGUUUUUAA